AUGGCCUUCUCCAACGCAGACACCGGCUCCAAGCCAGCAGACCCGUACAAGGCUGCCAACAAGGACGAGACCUCCAUCAAGGAGAAAGUCGAGGAUCUUGUCGAAUUCAUCAAGGCCUCCAAGUUCGGCAUGAUGACCACCCGGGACGGCUCCUCUGGCGCCCUGGUCUCGAGAUGCAUGGCCCUGGCUGCUCAGGAAGCCGGCGGCAUCGACCUCAUCUUCCACACCAACACCGAGUCAGGCAAGACCGAUGACAUCGAAUCGGACUCGCACAUCAACAUCGCCUUCCUCAACUCCUCCGGCGAGUGGGCCUCCAUUUCCGGCAGAGCCGCCAUCAUCGUCGACCGGGAUGUCGUCAAGAAGUACUACUCUUCCAGUCUCAAGGCUUGGGUGGGCGAUCUCGGCGACGGAAAGCACGAUGGUGGACCUGAGGAUCCUCGCAUUGGCGUGAUCAAGGUGUCGGCGAUGACGGCGACGUAUGCGCUGACUAAGAAGAAUGCGAUCAGCAGGGGCAUGGAGUUGGCUCAGGGUGUUGUUACGGGCAAGACGGCGAGUGUUAAUAAGUUGCGGGAGUUGACCGAGCAGGAACUGUCGACUUGGAGAAGCUCGAAUGCUAUGGUCGGUGCCUAA